CACUUCACCAAUCAGAGGGAUGAGUUUGAGGGGACGAGGGAAAGCAUCCUUGUUUGGCUCACAGAAAUGGACCUCCAGCUGACAAACGUGGAGCACUUCUCAAAAAGUAACUUCGAUGACAAAAUGCGCCAGUUGAAUGGUUUCCAGCAGGAAAUAACACUAAACACCAAUAAGAUCGAUCAGCUCAUCGUUUUUGGGGAGCAGUUGAUUCAGAAGAGUGAGCCUUUGGAUGCUACCCUGAUUGAAGAUGAGUUGGAAGACCUUCAUCGAUACUGUCAGGAAGUCUUUGGGCGAGUUGCUCGGUUCCAUCAAAGACUGACUUCAAGGCAUCCUGGAUUGGAUGAUGAAAAAGAGACUUCUGAAAAUGAGACAGACCCAGAAGACUCCAGAGAAAUCCAGAAUGAUCCCUGGCAUAAAAAGGCCAUCAGCGAGGGGCCCUCUUCGACACAGUCCCUUUGCCACCUUGUGCCUCCUCCUCAAGGUCAUGAAAGAUCAGGCUGUGAAACCCCUGUCAGUGUUGACUCCAUCCCACUCGAGUGGGAUCAUACAGGUGAUGUGGGAGGUUCUUCCUCUCACGAAGAUGAAGAAGAAGCAACAUACUACAGUGCUCUCUCAGAUGUAGAAAUCACUGAAAAUCCUGAGGCAUAUCUUAAAAUGACCACAAAAACUUUGAAAGCAUCUUCUGGAAAGUCUGUUUCAGAAGCUCAUCCUUGGCGUUCUCCAGAUAGCCCAGUCUGCAGGAAGCACCGAUACAACCAGGCAGCUGGCCCAGAGACGAGUACUCCCUACAAGCCAGGCUAUGUGAAGCAGCUCAGCUCUGCAAGCAGCAGCAGCAUGACCAAGGAGAAAAUGACAGCUGCUAACAUGAGUGAUGAAGAACCCCAAGAUGACCAGGAGCUUGUGAAUAUAGCUGCUGCAGAGCAGCAGUCAGGCAUUAUUGAUAGGUGGGAGCUCAUCCAAGCUCAAGAUCUCAGAAAUAAACUUCGGAUGAAACAGAAAUUGCAGCAAUGGCAGCAGCUGAACUCAGAUCUCAGCGGUGUCUCUGCUUGGCUUGAUAAAACUGAGGAAGAGCUGGAAGAGCUGCAAAAAGUGAAACCUCCAACCAGCAUGCAGGCAUUGGAAGAAAGGGACAAGAAACUGAAA